CCUCGGCUCUCCAUCCUUCCUUCUCGGAACGGCGGGGUGGACUGGUGGGGCUAUGGAGGAUGCAGGUGAGAUGAGGAAGACAUUCACGGUACCGGAGAUUAAACCGUUGAAUCAGUACGACUUCAACCGAGCCAAGGUGUGCGCCAGCGUCCGGUGGCUACUGGCAAAGUCAUACGGAUCCGCAGAGAAUGUCCCGGUGGAGCUGCGAGAGCCUCUGUACAGAGACAAGUUUGAGCAGGAGCACCUCAAGCCCUCCGUCUCCCAGCUACUCCUGUCCCCUGAGCUGUACUGUAGGACCCAGGCCCUGCUCCACGGGGUCUCCCAGCCCGCUCCUCAGGGGCCCCCAGGGGACAACUCCGCACUGCUGCAGCUCCUCACCAAGAGGGGCCUGGAGCCCAGGGACCAGGAUGUGGCCAUCACAGAGGAAGAUCUCAGCCACACGCCCAUCAAGACGAAGGCCCACCUGGUCCUGAUUGACUCGCUGAUGUCACUGGCUGCCAUGGAGACGGUGGGCAAGGUUAAGAUGACUGCAGAGGCAGAGAAAAUGGGAGGCGGGGCUCCGUGGGAGAAUGCCCUCCUCUUCUGGGUUAACCGGUUGAAUCAGAAGUUGAGAGAGAGCACUGAGGAUGAGGAGGUCCCAACAUGCACAGACCCACAGCCUGUUCAACCAACAUGUCCCACCCGCUGGUACUGGAAACUGGUCCCACAUGCCAUCGCUUUUUGUUUGAAGGAGGAGUCUGGGAAUAAACCUCCAGUGAUCCGUUAUAGGAAGGAUAAGGUUCUGUCUAAGCAGACUCCUACUUUUCCUCUGGUGUCUGGUGUAAGGGAUUUGUCUAAUGGCUGUGCUAUAGCUGCUGUUCUGCACUACUACUGUCCUGACCUGCUGCCACUGGAGGAUGUGUGUCUGAAGGACACCAUGUCAGUAGCAGACAGUCUGUAUAACCUGCAGCUGAUCAGAGAGAUCAGUGAGACCAGUCUACAGAGGUGCUGUCACCUGGAGCUGGAGGACCUGCUCUACGCCCCGCCCACACUACAC